GUACAGACGUACAGUACUGUUGACGCGACUGUGAACCGCGCACGCCUUCGACUAACGCGCGCGCGCCGACGCGGACGUGAUACGAAACUUAAUAAAGUGUGUUUGUGUGUGUGUUGGAUUGCCUUACUGUAUCGCUUUUGAUUCAUUAUAAAAAUGCAGACAAAGAAUAUAAAUUUGACACAGGAUCAAAGGAACAGUGAUGGUUGCGAUUUAAAUAAGCUUUGCUACCAAGAGGUGUCGGGGCCGUACGAGGCGCCCGUGGUUCAGUACAUCGAGACGCAUGUCACGGGCGCGACCGUGGGUUCUACGUAUUACGGUACCGUAGAAGGAGUGCCGCCGUACAGAAUGCCUCCCGCGCCUGAGGCAGCCCUGCCUGGCGCUCCGGCCCCAACCGUGCCAGCCCUACAUACACACUCCGCUAAGUUUCCUAUAGAGCGCGAAGUGAUACUUUCGUCAAGUGAAAAGAACUCCAAGGUCCCGAUACUGCAGGAGGCUCGCAAGCGGGGAAGGCUUGGAGCCGUCGCCCCUGAUACUCCACCCAAGCCACUCACUGCUUGGAUACAGGCUGAGAAUCAACAAGCGGGAACAUCGGGAGACAUCAGAAACUACCACGACCAUUACGGCUAUACCAGACAUCAAAACCAAGGACUACCAAGAAGUCAGAAUUACGAGACACCAAAACCGCCCAUUCCCGCUAAGAACACACCAAAUAACUCACACAUGGUAACAGUAGUUGAAACAGGCAAAGACAAUACAAGAGACGCACCAAAAAGCGCCAAAUCUGUCAGCAAAACAUAUCACACGUUAAAAGAUAUGAUCUCAAAUAGAUUUAAGGGUAAAGAGAGUAUUGAAUGUGAUAAAACAAACGAUGAAGCUAAUUUGAAUAAUACUGAGGAGAGGAAACGGGAGCCUGAAGCAGCGACAAGAGAAGGAGUCAGGAAGGUGGAGCAGGGAAUAUAUGGGAGACCGAUGCCGCAAGCGAGGCCAGAAAUGCAAUACAAUCACGGAAUGGCAAACAAUGUGUCGUAUCCAAGUCCAUCACCUCAUAGACAGUUAGUGCAACAGCAGAUUUACCAGCAACAAAUGAUGCUGAACCAUCAGGCGAGGUCGCAGGAGAUGUUGGCGCACCGGCCCCAGGCUCUGGGGGCUGAUGCACUGUACCAGCAGUACGGAGCACCUGGCAGGAGGAGUGCGAUGUAUCAGAGAGACCUGGAUGUGAGAUCUAUGGCUAACUUCACGUCGUUGAAAACUGGGACGCAGCCACAGGCGGAGAAUUCACACUCAAGACCUGACUUACGAAGUCCACAGCAGUUGGAACGAGAAAUCAUUCAGCAACGAAGAUUUGUGGAAGGGAGACGUGCAGCUUCUCAUCCACAUUUACUUGAAGAGCCACAACAGAGACAGGAAGUUAUCUCACCACAGAUUCAUGAUAGAUCUAGAAGAAACUCAUAUGGUAAUCUUUUAGAUGGGAUACCAAAUGAAAACGGUCCUCCCAGAAAUGAAGAGCGAGAAUCCGACGAUGGCGGAUUCAAAGUAAGACAUGCACAAGGGCGAAACAGUGUUGAAGAACGAAUACGUACAAGUGGAAGAUCUGUUGAGUCAAGACAGGAAAGAAACCAAGAAAUAUACAGAAGAACCCCUGACAGCCAAAGGGAAUCUAGAAGGACACCUGAUACGCAAAGUCAUAGACGUAAAGAUAUUUCCAAUUCAGGGGAAAGGGAAAAUAACGAUGAAAGUGCGAGUCAAAAGUCUGCGGAUAGUGUUUAUAAUUCAAGUGGCAAAGCUGAGGCUUAUAACCCUCAACCAUCAUCCUCACGACUGACACCAAAUAGAAUAGAAGAUCUAAAGGCACUUGGGAAGAAGGGUGCCGGUGGUUCUGCAGCUAGCUCAGAUUAUGAUAAAAACGGCGGACAAUCUUCUAACGUCGACUCUGGUAGGGGUAGCGUGGCAUACUCCAGUGGCAGGCAACCUGAUGCGAGUCUCCACGAGACGUCUGCUGAUUCUGAUGCGGCUACCAGGGAGACUAGAGCUCAGCCACAGCCAGGACCUAGUCAACAGACGCCUGCACCAUGUGGUGAAAAUGAAUGGGCUGACCUUGUGGAGUGUGAACUUCGUCAGAUCCUGGAGCCGAAGCUCUCUAACAUGCGCCUGGACUCGUCCGACAGCUCAGAUAGCUCGGUCACUCCCCCACUCCCCCCACUCUCACCCUCCUCCGACUUGCAUAAGAGAAACAGUUUACCGGGACGUUCAGCAGAAUACCCCGAGGAUCGCAGACGAGGUAGGGAGUCACCCCGGUGGCACUCACAUAAGAAGCACUCAUCGAAGAGGGAUCAUCAUUACAAAAAACAUCUAUUCGGGUUAGACACUACCGAUAUGACUUCGACCACAACUCGCAGCCUGGACCUCUCCUCCCUACUGGAUGGCAGGACAGACAGUGAUGCGUCCACGGGAGACGCUCGAGCCAUCCGCAGACAGUUGCGUGGCCUGGAGAACAUGUAUGCUGAAGUGCUGCAACUGCUGGGAGUUAGGAAGCCGGCAAACAUGCCCAAACAACCCACAUGGGAAGCAAGGAUAUCGUCAAAGCGUCGCUACGGCAGCAUGUCCUCUCUACCAUCAAGUUCCGUGAGCAGCAGACCAGUAAGGGAUAAGCGACGGUCAUCCGACCAUCGGAAGAAACACGACUUAAAGGGGAUCAACAAGCGGUUCCAACGCCUGGAGUCCCACGUGGUAACCCUGGCGCGGUCGGUGGCUCAUCUCUCUAGUGAGAUGCGGACCCAACACCUGGUGAUGCAGGAGAUGGACAACAUCAGAGCAGAGAUUGCGGCGCUGCGGCAUAUGUACAAAUCACAACAAUAUAUAAGAUCGGGUCACCAACGUCAUUCGGACCCGUUUUCCUUCAGCAAUCCCGACCGUGUUAAGAGGCUAACCAAGUUCUUUGGUGAUGAACCGCCCCUAAUGAGACUCUUCCUGAAAAAGUUGGGAUAUGAGAAAUAUGCAGCACUCUUAGAGAAAGAAAAAGUUGGCGCGGCAGAACUGCCCUACGUUGGAGAGGAUAAAUUAAGAGCGUUAGGAGUUCCCCUAGGACCCAGGAUGAGGAUUCUGAAAGAGGCUGGUAUUCACCAGGACCUGCACUUCCCACGAGAUGACCCGAACACAACAACCACAACAUUAGCUAUAGUUUAGUUUGUAUUCAUUAUUUAUGUUCCUGUCACAAACUCAGUACUCUCGAAGGUAUUAGUAAUGGCGAUUAAUAAUAAUAAUAAUAAUAUUGACACACUUUUACACAAAUUGUCAUGGCCCAAACUAAGGCAUAACCUGUACUAUGGAUACAAGACAACGAUAUAUUUAAUACAAUAUACUUAAUUAAACAUACAUAAAUACUUAUAAACAUACAUGACUCGGAUACAAACAUCCAUAUUCAUCAUAUAAAUGAUUGCACCUACCGGGAUUCGAACCCGGAAUAUAACUUUAAUUAAUUAAUCUAUAUAUAUAAAAAUGAAUUGCUGUUCGUUAGUCUCGCUAAAACUCGAGAACGGCUGGACCGAUUUGGCUAAUUUUGGUCUUGAAUUAUUUGUGGAAGUCCAGAGAAGGUUUAAAAGGUGAAUAAAUAGGAAAAUGCUGCUAAAUUAAAUAAAAACAACAAAUUUGUUUUUCCUUUGAUGUGUCCAUACAUAAUUUCUAUGAGAGAAUUUAUUGACGCACGGUUUGACAGUUUUGCUGUGAAACAAAUUCAUUACGACAGCAGCGUGCAUAUUUUACGAAGUAAUUUUUGAUGUUAUGCUAAAUUAUUGACAAAAUCAUAUAAAACAUUAUUUUAUUUAUUAUAUACAGAACAACGUCUGUCGGGUCAACUAGUAGUAAAAUAAUAUUAAUGGCAUUAUUUUAAUGUAAUGACAAAUAGUUAGUCUAGCGCGGGGCGAAAUGUGGAGGAUAGCUGUGUAUACUAUGUAAAUAUGCUAUGUACUUUGAAAAAUGUUUAAAGUUAACGUGUUAAGUACUUCUGUACAAAGUUAAUUACGUGCCAGAGUCGUCAAAAAUUCUCAAUAAUAGAAUAUAUUUUAUGUGUCUGUGAGAGUGUGUGUGUCUUUAACAGACAAAACUCAAACUUAACAAUAAACAACAAAAAAAAUAAGAGCAAACAAUUAUACAAUUUAGAACGUGACUGUACACUUGAAGUGCCCGGGGUAUCGGUGCGGGGGACGGAAUACGAUUGGCGAGCCAAUCGGAACUACGCAAGCUCGCCCUUCAUCCCUCUAGCCCCCUUAGAUACCUUACUUUUGACUUCUGCGCAGUAACGGUCAGCGCUAGAUUUACGUAACGCGACUUAUAUCUAAUCUUUUCAAGAAAUAUUCAACAGUCUUGUGUCAUGGCCGCUUAUCACUUGCACUGUCGAUAAAAAAUAUAUUUUAUUUUUGACCAAACAUUUAUUAAUUAUAAUUGUUAGUUAGUUUUGUUAAAAAUUAUUACGAUAAGAUGUUUAUAAUAUUAGAAAGUGUUCAUAAUAUAAGCUAUAUUUAAAUUGACAAUUAGCUAUUAUUAAUUUUUAGUUCAUCAACUAUUUGGAUAUUUAAGGUCUGGCUAUUUUCAAAUCAUAAUAUUUUAUAUACUCCUAUGAAAUUAUAACUAUUGCAUAUUAACUUUUUAAAUUUUACCAGGAUAUCGAUAUAUUUGUUUUAAUUUUUUGGAUUGAAUAUACGAUUUCAGAAACUUUAUUUACCUUAAAAGAACAACACGAAUAUAAGCUACUGGUACAGCUGAUGGUAAUUGAUACGCACUGCCCAUUACGAUGAAAAGCGGCACUUAAGGAUUCUUAAGAAAAACUCUAAAAUUCUGUGCGGCACUACUCGUACAAUUGCACUCGUCACCUUGUGACAUAAGAUGUCAAGUCUUAUUUGCCCAGUAAUUUUACUAGCUACGGCGCCACACAAUAUUUCCACCUUCGCACGACACGCCACAAGUUAGGAUAUCAUCCUCACCAUCUAAAUGUGUGGCGGUCCUCCACAGUGCGGUUUUCAAGGAGCUUUCUUCCACGUACUACAAAGCUGUGGAAUGAGCUUCCUUGUGCGGUGUUUCCGGGACGAUACGACAUGGGUACCUUCAAAAAAAGCGCGUACACCUUCCUUAAAGGCCGGCAACGCUCCUGUGGUUCCUCUGGUAUUGCAAGAGAUUGUGGGCGGCGGUGAUCACUUAACAACAGGUGACCCGUACGCUCGUUUUUCCUCCUAAACCAUUAAAAAAAAAAAAAAACAAUAAUGUUUACAUUACUGUUUCACGGCAGAAAUAGGCGCCGUUGUUGUACCCAUAAUCUAGCCGGCAUCCUAUGCAAAGGAGCCUCCCACUCGUAAAAAAACUGGUGGCGUUUUCUGUAGUAUAUAUUUCCUUUUAGUUUCUACACCAAAAGAUUCUUGGCUGCUGGCAUCUUAUUUUCCAACCUUUCACUCAACAGAAACCAUGAGACUUAUUUCCCCUAACAGUAAAAGUCUUAAUCCACCAGGACAAGAUACUCUCAUCCAAGCGUUACUACUCGCCAGGAAAAAUACCAAAUAGAAUUUAAUUUAUACAUGUACAAUUUCAUACCGUAUCCCAAAGAAAAUACGGCAUAAACAUAUUUGUAGAUGUAUUAAUGUAUAUAGUAAAUAUAAGUUUACUGAACAACGAAAAGCAAUGGCAAUUGUUAACAUUAAUAUUAAGUAUAUUUUAAUACUCAUUUUUAAAAUAUUUUUGUAAAAAUAAACGUAUUUCAAUGAA